CAAAAGCAACACUGCUGCUGGAGAAAAAUGUAUUGUACAAGAAGGAAGCGACUGCAGCUGAGCAGAGUUCUUUUUCUCCUCUCUGGGGUUUUCCUCUGUACCCUCUACCAGCUGACCAUCAGCACUAGACUGUAUGAGCCUUUGGCAAUGCCUCAAAUUGCAGAGGAUAGUGGGGAAGGUUCAACAGAGGGGGUCGAGGAGAUUGCAGAUCUGGGGAAGGCUCUAUCUACAGCAUAUGAUUUAGAGCAAACUGAGCAAACAACCACAACGUAUGAUGUCCAUAAUGCAACUACAACUUCAGUAUCCACAACAUCUACAACUACUGAAUCGCCAUUAUUGCCAACAACAAAUCGGACUCUUGUGCAUUGCAUCUAUGUGGCACCUGAACUUCCUCAGGAGACACCCGCGCCAGCUCCUCCUACAACUACCGUCCCACCAGCUUUUCCGGGUGAAGCUCCACAUAUGAAGGGUGAUUACCCAGAGGACAUUUUUUCGAUCGAAGAUCGCAGACGUGGCUGGGUGAUCCUUCACAUUAUCGGGAUGAUGUACAUGUUUGUGUCACUUGCAAUUGUGUGUGAUGAGUUUUUUGUUCCUGCUCUCGGGGUAAUCACAAACAAGUUGGCAAUCUCUGAUGAUGUGGCUGGAGCCACCUUCAUGGCCGCCGGAGGUUCUGCCCCUGAGCUUUUUACCUCUUUGAUAGGAGUCUUCAUUGCCCACAGCAACGUGGGUAUUGGCACAAUUGUGGGCUCAGCAGUUUUCAACAUUUUGUUUGUGAUUGGAAUGUGUGCUUUGUUUUCUCGGGAGAUUCUCCAUCUGACCUGGUGGCCUCUAUUCAGAGAUGUGUCGUUCUACAUACUUGGCCUCAUCUUUCUAAUUAUCUUCUUCCUGGAUAAUGUCAUAAUGUGGUGGGAGAGCAUGAUGCUGGUUGCUUGUUACUCUCUCUAUGUCAUUUUCAUGAAGUUUAAUGUGCAAAUAGAGCGAGCAUUCAAGACCCAACUCCACAAACACAAGAGCAUUGUCAAAGUUAUUGCUGUAGAGGAACCUGACAAGACUAAUGGGAACGGUGAGGAUAAUGCCCUUCCUGCUCCAGAGGACAAGAAUCGUUUAAAGUUGAAGCCAUCCCUUCAGCGAGGGGGGAGUUCUGCUUCUUUGCACAACAGCACAAUGAGAAACACCAUCUUCCAACUCAUGAUUCAUACAUUAGACCCUAUAGGUAAUGGGAAAUUUAAGGAGAAAGCUGAAACUCUGAACAGCGUGGCAAGAAGGAAAUCAGACGCCAAAGACAAAAGUGAAGGUAGCACUGAAGGAUAUGGUGGGGAAAAAACUGAGCAGAGCAAAGAGCCAGAACCAACCCCAGCUGCAGAAGAAGAAAAGAAGGAGCAGCCAGAGGACAAGAAGGAAGAUGUACCAGCAAAAGAUGAUGGGUCAGAAGAGUCAGACGACUCUGAGAGCGACGAAGAGGACAGCGAUGAUGAAAGUGAUGAGUCCAGUGAAGAUGAGGAUGAUGAUGAGGAUAAAGACGAGGAAGAAGAUGAAAAAGAUGAUGAACCUCUGUCUUUAGAAUGGCCCGAUACACGUCGAAAGCAAGCAACCUACCUCUUCCUGUUGCCCAUAGUUUUCCCUCUGUGGCUUACCGUCCCAGAUGUUCGCAAACCGAAAUCCAGAAAAUUCUUUGUUGUGACCUUCCUGGGCUCUAUUCUAUGGAUUGCUAUAUUCUCGUACCUCAUGGUGUGGUGGGCCCAUCAGGUGGGUGAGACUAUUGGCAUCUCAGAGGAAAUUAUGGGCCUGACUAUCCUGGCUGCGGGGACCUCCAUCCCUGACCUCAUUACCAGUGUGAUUGUGGCUCGUAAAGGCCUGGGAGACAUGGCUGUGUCUAGCUCUGUGGGCAGUAACAUCUUUGACAUCACUGUGGGUCUCCCAGUCCCUUGGCUCCUGUACUCAGCCAUCCAUAGUUUUGGUCCAGUGGCUGUCAGCAGCAAUGGGCUCUUUUGUGCCAUUGUGCUGCUCUUCCUCAUGCUCCUCUUUGUCAUCAUCUCCAUUGCUUCUUGUAAAUGGAAGAUGAAUAAGGUGCUGGGUUCCACCAUGUUCCUCCUCUACUUUAUCUUCUUGGUGCUCAGUGUUAUGUUGGAAGAUCGUAUCAUCAUCUGCCCAGUUUCCAUCUAAUUCUUUCUGCUGAACUGUUAACCUUUUUGGGAAAGGAUCUCAUGAGCAUAGACCUGGAUAUCUAUAGGAAACAUUCAGAAAGCUACGUGCUCUGCAUUGUUACCAGUGAAGUGUCUGGUAUGUCUGCAGCAAUAAAGCAUUUUCUAGAACCUGAUACUCACUUAUAGAAAUAACGGCAGCUUUUAAAUUGAUUUUCAUAGUACACGGGGAGAUGCAUGACUACUAUCUAAUACAGUGUAGAUAUUGUGGUGUAAGACCUAACAGAGAUGCUAAUGGGUUUUUUUAUGCACUGUCUAUGAAAUGCAAGUAAAAGUGUUAGUUUGUGGACACAUUUCGAAAAAUGUAGGCUACUAAAUGUGUAUUUUGUAUCAUCGUAAGUAAAUAAUUUU